AUGUCUAUAGGCACAAUAACAAGUACUGAUGCAGCAUUAAAGUUAGCAACUAAUACAACAAAUACUACUUCGGCAUCAGGUUUAGCUGCUAAUACAACAAAUACUACUUCGGCAUCAGGUUUAGCAACUACAACAACAGAUACUACAUUGAUUAGCACGACAACAAUAACAGAGACUACUACCACCAGUCCCUCAUCGACUAGCACGACAACAACAACAGAGACUACCUCUACCAGUAGCUCAUCGACUAGCACGACAACAGCAAAAACUACUACUACCAGUACUACAUCGACCAGUACAACAACUACAACAGCAACAACGACAACGUCUACUACAUCGACUACUACGACGACUACAACACAAUCAGGUAAGUUAUUCUUGCUGAAAAAUCCUAUCAUUUUUCUGUCAUAUAUACCACAGUAAUGGCAUGCACAUCAGACGUACAUGGAAAUUUUCUUAUGCUAAAUGGAUCGACUCCUUCUAGCUGGACUCAAUAUCGGUUUAAUAUCACAGCGACGGCCAGAUCACAUCUCAUCAUGUUUGGAUUUCAGAAUGGAAAGAAUCGUAUUUACUACUUGGAUACAGUAUCUGUUGUUGAACAAGGUGCAUCUAGUAUUGAGUUGCUACAAAAUCCAAGCUUUGAAAAUUCAACAAUAACACCAACUGGCUGGGUGCAGUGGUGUAUAGACACGUGUAACGGCAAUGAAGGACUGGUAGAUACUGGUUCUAACUGCUAUACAAACUCAGGCAAUUGCUUUAAGGAUAACUGCAAUGCUGCAAAUGGUAUCGAUUUUCUUAGUCAAUCAUUUCCAACAAUAAUUGGCGGAAACUACAUAUUUUCGUUCAGACUUAUAUUAACUGGAUCGGGUUCAUUGAUAAACAAUCACUUUUACGUCGAUAUGUUCUAAAAACUAUGUAUUGCUACAUGAUACUUUCUUUAAAAAAGUUUUUUUUGUGCUCAUUUCAUUUAAUCUUGUCUUUCCCUAUUUUGAUUUAACCUUUUGUGUGCAUGAAUAUAAUUGAUUGAACUCUAUUCGUAUAUAAUCUCCAUAAUAAAAUAAAAUUGGCUCAUAUUCAGAGAAAAAAGUAAAGGUGUGGGUGUGAAUACACAUGUACAUGCUGACAAGACCUAUGCUUGAAUACCAACAUAGAAUAAAUUGUCUUUUCUUUUUUCUUCGUAAUAUCAUGAACAGAUGACUCGUUUUUGUCGAUGAAUACAAUUGUGAGUCGUGAAUGUACAAUUGUACUACAACUUAAGUGCAAUAGAAAACAUGAGAUAUUAAUGAAAGAUACUAGUCGAACAGUAGAUUUGUUUCUAUAAGAAAGAGUUGCGUUCCGAAUAGAGAAUAGACUCAGCAGGUACUAUUUUCAAUACCGGAAUCAAGAUGUUGUCUAAUUAUUAAAACUAGAACUGAUUUUAUUUCUGACAAUCGUUCGAUGAUAAACUCAAAAUCCGCAGAAAUAAGAAUCUAACUAAAUUAAAUAAAAAUGUAUCAAAAUCUCAUCGUAUCAUUAUUACAAAUGAAAUGAGACGUAUGUUUUCACACAGAUAAAUUUGUUCUUUUCCUUUUUUGUAAGGUGCGGGCAAUGCAAAAUUCGAGUAGAUUUUAUUUAAUUUUCAUUUAUACAUCGUUUGAUAGAGCUUGAUGAGCUGGUCACGAAUAUAUGGUUUUUAAUUUUUUUAGACUAUCUGUUAAGUGAAAAAAACUGAAAAAACUCGAAGGGCCUAAAAAUUGGAAAAAAUAGCUGACUUCAGAAAAAAUUCAAAUUUUUUUCAUUUUUGCUGCGCGGGUGUGGGUGUGGGUGGGUGUGG